AUGGGACUAUACCAGCAGGCAGUACUACCAAGACCUUUGACAGAUGGCAGAGGUGGCAGCAGCGGCAUCUUUGACUUCAGCAGGGUGACUAGUCUCAAGUUUCUGCAGUCCAGCAUGAAAUGGUACCACGUGGCACAUGUAGCUACCAGCCUAUGGGAUGCAUACUCAGGCCUCUUAAGUCAUCAAUCUAUGAUCUUGUCCAUGAACUCAAGCUUUGUGGACCCCUUAUUGCAAUUUGAAACUCAAUUGAAGAUAAUAAAGUCAUCUUUUAAUAUGUUAGUUGCCAUACCAAGUUUUGACAAAGUAAAAAAAAUGGGGACUAGUGCUGAUGACGUUGAAGACCUGGUGAAUUUAUACCAGAAUAUUUUAAACAUAUAUGAAGAAACUCUUCUGAUCUUAGUGUCUAAAGACCUCUACAAACUACAGAUAUUAAAGGAAAUGAUCCUGUGGAUGAGUGAAGAUGGUUCAUACCUGCAAGAGAGAAUAAUGGUGAUCAUCACCAAGGUGUUACAUUUUGCAUCCAGAGAAGUCAGGGGAAAUACAAGUGUUGAUGCUCCCUGUUUGGGUGCCCUGGCAGCAGAGCUGUGUCUUUUGUGUUCCCAUGCUGAUUCCUCAAUCACAGAACAAGCAUCAUUUGGACUGCAUUACCUCCUCCACAUUGCAAAGUGUCAGACUGAGGAUAUUGAACAAAGUAAAUCUCCAAGCCAUGAACAUAACUGCUUCCCACCUUCUUCUGAUGUAGCAUUUCUAUCUAAGAGCUUUCAAGACAAAAGUAAGAUUUCUCAGAGAAUAGGACAAACCUUACUGCCCUCCUUGCUGACUGACUUUGUGUGGAGUCUCCUGAAGAAACUCUCUGCCUUUGAUUACAAAAUUGCAUCUGACGCAGCAUCCCUGUUGAAACUGACUCUGGAAAACCAUGCCCAGAAGCUCAUCAUGGUUUCUAAGAUUGUGGAUGUUAUUUAUAAGCAAUUGUGUGAAAAUUCUUCUCACUGUAUGAAGCAUGCUAUGUUACAGAUCAUUACAUUGCUGAUACGCACUUCACCCAAGAAGGUCAUCUUUCAACUUAUGGACUACCCAGUCCCAAUAAACGACACUCUCACACUGAUGUGGCAGGCGGCAGGUUCUGAAGCAAAAGUGGCCCCUCACGUGCUGAAGACAAUCUUGUUGGUGCUGAAAGGAAAGCCUGGGGAAAGGCAAGAAAACUUAAUGGAAAGAAGACGUUCCUCUCUCGAUGUUACCAACAUGAUGCCCGUGGUGGCAUCUCAGGCCCUGUGCACGCUGCUGCCUAUUGCUUCUUACAAGAAAGCGGUGGCCCAGUUUUUCCCCCAUCUCUUGAUGGCUCUCAUGCUCCAACUCUUCUACAGCGGUGAUCUGAGACUGAAGCGCCUGGUCAAUCCUUUAUAUGCCCAGGAUGCCCUGAGAGCUCUGCUGAAUUGUUCUGGACUGCAAGAGGUGGAUAUUGCUCUAAAGAAAAAGAAUUGUUGGAACCAGUUUUCCCAAGCACUGUAUCAACAGCAUGGGGUCCAACUUAUUGCCAGAACUCUCUGCGAAUUUAAAUUUCCACAGUUUCCAGAAACUUUGUAUUAUCUCUACAAGCUCUCGGUGGAAGGUCCUCGACGGUCAGAAGACAGUAUCGUCACAGUAAUAUUCCUCACCGAACUUCUGAAUAACUUUUUGAAGGACCCAUUCCCAGAAGAGUUUUUGGUCCUCUUCAGAAACUGGAUCAAUGAUCCUAAUCCUUCAGUUAGCAAACUGAGCCUUCAGAAAAUUUCCAGCAUGGCACCCGUGAUCAAUGAGGUAGAAAAUGUCUGCAGCUUAUUAAUAUGCAUCCUGGAUGCCUUCCUUUGCAAAGACGUCACGGUUGUAAUGCGGGCUUUGCUCACCCUCCGAAGACUUUUAGCCAAACUGGACAAGGUGACCUACUCCACUUUGUGCAACAGAAUUGCUUACAGCUACUGUCCUCUGAUGGAUCAUAGUAAUGCCAGCGUUCGAAGUAUAGCCAUUCGGCACUUCGGUGAAUUACUUAAAGAUAUGUGUCAGUACACAUGGAUGCUGAACAGUGUGAUUAUAGGAGGCUUGGUGCCCCUGAUCCUGUUUUUGGAGGAUAAAGAGAAAAGAGUAGUUGAAGCAUGUAAACAUACAUUAGAAAUCUGCGCCUCACAAUUAAAGUGGCCCAUAUCCUAUUUGUUCAAAGACAACAAUUACAGUUUUGAGCUGGUGGUGCUCAGCAUCUGUAACAAUCUUCUUACUACUCAUAGGAACCAUAUUACAGAUUUGAUAUCUGAUUCUUUAGGAUUCCUGGGGAGCUCCCGAGCAAAUCUGAGGAGAGCAUCAACUGUUUUAAUAGGAUACUUGACAAAAGUGGGUGGCUGUUUACUCCUCCGAGAUGAAAUUGAAGUCAUGCUUGGGGCUAUUGAACGAGUACUUCGAGACGAAGACCCUGUGAUCAAGGAGUUGGCAGAAAUAACCCACAACAUCAUUAGGGGAGUAUUGCAUACAACAACCUCCUCAACUCUUAAACAAAAUUUCCAAAGAUUUUUUAAGUUCUUCUACAUCAAAAAAUUGAAGCCUCUUUAUAAUUAUAACUUGUUCUUCAAAAACCAGACAGACAAUCCCAUGGAGAAUAAAGAUAUCAAGAAUGAUAAGGAGAGCCUCACAGAAGAGAAUGAUGACAACAUUUUACCAAAGAAUGAUAAGUUCAAUAAUUUCUUGGAGCAUGAGCAGAUCUUAGAAGUGGAAUGA